AUGGAUUUCUAUUCGACCGGAGACGGUACAGCUUUUUUCUACAGUUCUCAAUUUAGUUGCCCCGGCGAAGGAUUCUAUCCGGACUCCAACAAUUGCACGAUAUUCUACAGAUGUAUUCAGAACGGUCAAAAUAAUUUUAGUCCGAUAAGAUUCGAAUGUGCUAACGGAACAGUUUUCGAUCCGGCAACGACAACUUGUAACUACCCGUACGCCAGUAGUAGAGAAGAAUGCGGUGGAAAUGCUAUAGAAGAAACAUUCAAACCUGUCACCGGUUCACCUUCGGCGACAAACUCUGGUCCAAUAACAGCAGAAAGUACGCAGUCGACUCCUAAUUUGGGCAACACUUGCAGCCGAGAAGGUUUCGUGGGAGAUCCAGCCGAUUGUAAAAAGUUCUAUCGAUGCGUAUCCGGCGGUCGAGGGGGAUUUAUGAAAUACGAAUUCAGUUGUGGAACCGGCACCGUUUGGGACCCUAAUAUCCAAUCGUGCAACUUCGUUUGGGCUGCGAAUAGAGCCGAAUGCCUUGGAGAAGGAGGUACACAGUUACCCAAAGUUAGAUACGCUAGCGAUAAUUUGAGCUUUAAUCAAACCACCUCCAAUCAAAAUUCUUCCCAAUUCAAUUCCCAAAGCAGCAAUUCUUUUAGCAAUAGUUCCAGUUUCUCCUCUAGCAGCAGUAGUAGUAGUAGUAGCAGUAGCAAUAGUUCUAGCUCUAGUUGGAGUAGCAGUAAUAAUUCUAGUACUAAUAGCAAUAGCAAUUCACAACAAAGUAGUAGCAGUAGCAACAACAAUUCCCAACAGUCUGGUAGCAAUAAUAAUUCACAACAAACUGGUACUAGUAGCAAUAAUAAUUCACAACAAACUGGUACUAGUAGCAAUAACAAUUCCCAACAGUCUGGUAGUAAUAAUAAUUCACAACAAAGUGGUACCAGUAGCAACAACAAUUCCCAACAGUCUGGUAGCAAUAAUAAUUCACAACAAACUGGUACUAGUAGCAAUAACAAUUCCCAACAGUCUGGUAGUAAUAAUAAUUCACAACAAAGUGGUACCAGUAGCAACAACAAUUCCCAACAGUUUGGAAGUAAUAAUAAUUCACAACAAACUGGUACUAGUAGCAAUAACAAUUCACAACAGAGUAAUAGUGAAAAUACUUCAAAUUCAACAGGUAACCAAAGUACUUCUGGUUCGUCUUCAAGCCAAAAUCAACAGAAUCAACAAGGUUCUUCUUCUAGCUCCAAUCAAAAUCAACAAGGUUCUUCUAGUUCGAACCAAAAUCAACAAGGUUCUUCUAGUUCUAGCCAAAAUCAACAAAACCAACAGGGUUCUACGAGUUCCGGCCAGAAUCAACAAGGUUCUUCUUCUAGCUCCAAUCAAAAUCAACAAGGUUCCUCUAGUUCGAACCAAAAUCAACAAGGUUCCUCUAGUUCGAACCAAAAUCAACAAGGUUCUUCUAGUUCUAGCCAAAAUCAACAGAACCAACAGGGUUCUACGAGUUCCGGCCAGAAUCAACAAGGUUCUUCUUCUAGCUCCAAUCAAAAUCAACAAGGUUCCUCUAGUUCGAACCAAAAUCAACAAGGUUCCUCUAGUUCGAACCAAAAUCAACAAGGUUCUUCUAGUUCGAACCAAAAUCAACAAGGUUCUUCUAGUUCUAGCCAAAAUCAACAGAACCAACAGGGUUCUACGAGUUCCGGCCAGAAUCAACAAGGUUCUUCUUCUAGCUCCAAUCAAAAUCAACAAGGUUCCUCUAGUUCGAACCAAAAUCAACAAGGUUCCUCUAGUUCGAACCAAAAUCAACAAGGUUCUUCUAGUUCGAACCAAAAUCAACAAGGUUCUUCUAGUUCUAGCCAAAAUCAACAAAACCAACAGGGUUCUACGAGUUCCGGCCAGAAUCAACAAGGUUCUUCUUCUAGUUCGAACCAAAAUCAACAAGGUUCUUCUAGUUCGAACCAAAAUCAACAAGGUUCUUCUAGUUCGAACCAAAAUCAACAAGGUUCUUCUAGUUCUAGCCAAAAUCAACAAAACCAACAGGGUUCUACGAGUUCCGGCCAGAAUCAACAAGGUUCUUCUUCUAGUUCGAACCAAAAUCAACAAGGUUCUUCUAGUUCGAACCAAAAUCAACAAGGUUCUUCUAGUUCGAACCAAAAUCAACAAGGUUCUUCUAGUUCUAGCCAAAAUCAACAAAACCAACAGGGUUCUACGAGUUCCGGCCAGAAUCAACAAGGUUCUUCUUCUAGUUCGAACCAAAAUCAACAAGGUUCUUCUAGUUCGAACCAAAAUCAACAAAACCAACAGGGUUCUAGUUUCAUUGGAGAUAACAGAAAUUGUACCAAAUUUUAUAGAUGUGUUAGUAAUAAUCGAGGAGGUUAUACUCAGUAUGAGUUUAAUUGUGGAGAUGGUACGGUUUGGGAUCAAGAGAAAAUCACUUGUAACUAUCCCAGCGCUGUAGGCGGAAGAUGUGGUACUACCGAUAACCAAAACCAACAAAACAUUGGAAAUCAAAAUGCUAACCAACAAGGAUCCAAUAAUCAACAGAAUAAUGGAAACCAACAAGGAUCCAACAAUCAAAACCAACAAGGAUCCAACAAUCAAAACCAACAAGGAUCCAACAAUCAAAACCAACAAGGAUCCAAUAAUCAACAGAAUAAUGGAAACCAGCAAGGAUCCAACAAUCAAAACCAACAAGGAUCCAAUAAUCAAAACCAACAAGGAUCCAAUAAUCAAAACCAACAAGGAUCCAAUAAUCAAAACCAACAAGGAUCCAACAAUCAAAACCAACAAGGAUCCAAUAAUCAACAGAAUAAUGGAAACCAGCAAGGAUCCAACAAUCAAAACCAACAAGGAUCCAAUAAUCAACAGAUUAAUGGAAACCAGCAAGGAUCCAACAAUCAAAACCAACAAGGAUCCAAUAAUCAAAACCAACAAGGAUCCAACAAUCAAAACCAACAAGGAUCCAAUAAUCAAAACCAACAAGGAUCCAACAAUCAAAACCAACAAGGAUCCAAUAAUCAACAGAAUAAUGGAAACCAGCAAGGAUCCAACAAUCAAAACCAACAAGGAUCAGGAAACCAAGGAUCCAACAAUCAAAACCAACAAGGAUCAGGAAACCAAGGAUCCAACAAUCAAAACCAACAAGGAUCAGGAAACCAAGGAUCCAACAAUCAAAACCAACAAGGAUCAGGAAACCAAGGAUCUACUAAUCAAAAUAACGCAGGACAAAUAACAAAUGAACAAUGUGUUAAAGAGGGUUUUGCAGAAAAUGACAAGGACUGUAGUAAAUUUUACCGAUGUGUGGGAGAUGGAAAAGGAGGUUUUAUUAAAUAUGAAUUUUCGUGCGCCAAAGGAACAGUCUGGGAUCAAGCAUCAUUUUCUUGUAAUUACCCCUCAGCAGUAACUGGAAAAUGUAAUCAAGAUCAAGAGAAUGGCCAACAAAAUGGAGGAAAUGGAUCAAAUCAAAAUGGCAACCAAAACGGAGGAAGUGGGUCAAAUCAAAAUGGCCAACAAAAUGGAUCAAAUCAAAAUGGCAACCAAAACGGAGGAGGUGGAUCAAAUCAAAAUGGACAACAAAGUGGAACAAAUCAAAAUGGCAACCAAAACGGAGGAGGUGGAUCAAAUCAAAAUGGACAACAAAGUGGAACAAAUCAAAAUGGCAACCAAAACGGGGGAAGUGGAUCAAAUCAAAAUGGCAACCAAAACGGAGGAAGUGGGUCAAAUCAAAAUGGCCAACAAAAUGGAUCAAAUCAAAAUGGACAACAAAAUGGAUCCAAUCAAAAUGGCAACCAAAACGGAGGAAGUGGGUCAAAUCAAAAUGGACAACAAAAUGGAUCCAAUCAAAAUGGCAACCAAAACGGGGGAAGUGGAUCAAAUCAAAAUGGCCAACAAAAUGGAUCAAAUCAAAAUGGCAAUCAGAACGGAGAAAGUGGGUCAAAUCAAAAUGGCCAACAAAAUGGAUCAAAUCAAAAUGGUCAACAAAAUGGAGGAAAUGGUGGAUCUAAUUCAGAGAAUAACCAGGGAUCCUGGAACCAGACAAAUAUUUCCAGCGGAGUUGGAUCUACUUGUUCAGAAGAAGGAUUUUUAGGUGAUCCGAAUGACUGUGGAAAGUUUUAUAGAUGCGUAUCCAACGGGCAAAAUGGCUACAUCAGGUAUGAAUUUUCUUGUCAAAAGGGCACCGUAUGGGAUACUGUACAAAUAACUUGUAACUUCCCUUGGGCUGUAUCGGGAAAAUGUUCUUCAUCAGCUCCUGGCACUCCAUCCAAUCAAAAUGGUCAACAAAAUGGUGGAACUGGAUCAGAUCAAAAUGGAGGUACUGGGUCGAAUCAAAAUGGCCAACAAAAUGGAGGCAGUGGAUCAAACCAAAAUGGUAGUAAUGGACCGAAUCAAAAUGGUCAACAAAACGGUGGAACUGGAUCAAAUCAAAAUGAAGGCACUGGAUCAAAUCAAAAUGGAGGCACUGGAUCAAAUCAAAAUGGAGGCACUGGAUCAAAUCAAAGUGGUCAACAAAACGGUGGAACUGGAUCAAAUCAAAAUGGAGGCACUGGAUCUAAUCAAAAUGGAGGCACUGGAUCAAAUCAAAAUGGAGGCACUGGAUCAAAUCAAAGUGGUCAACAAAACGGUGGAACUGGAUCAAAUCAAAAUGGAGGCACUGGAUCUAAUCAAAAUGGAGGCACUGGAUCAAAUCAAAGUGGCCAACAAAACGGUGGAACUGGAUCAAAUCAAAAUGGAGGCACUGAAUCUAUUCAAAAUGGAGGCACUGGAUCAAAUCAAAAUGGAGGCACUGGAUCAAAUCAAAGUGGUCAACAAAACGGUGGAACUGGAUCAAAUCAAAAUGGAGGCACUGGAUCUAAUCAAAAUGGAGGCACUGGAUCAAGUCAAAAUGGAGGCACUGGAUCAAAUCAAAGUGGUCAACAAAACGGUGGAACUGGAUCAAAUCAAAAUGGAGGCACUGGAUCUAAUCAAAAUGGAGGCACUGGAUCAAAUCAAAGUGGUCAACAAAACGGUGGAACUGGAUCAAAUCAAAAUGGAGGCACUGAAUCUAAUCAAAAUGGAGGCACUGGAUCAAAUCAAAAUGGAGGCACUGGAUCAAAUCAAAGUGGUCAACAAAACGGUGGAACUGGAUCAAAUCAAAAUGGAGGCACUGGAUCUAAUCAAAAUGGAGGCACUGGAUCAAAUCAAAGUGGUCAACAAAACGGUGGAACUGGAUCAAAUCAAAAUGGAGGCACUGAAUCUAAUCAAAAUGGAGGCACUGGAUCAAAUCAAAAUGGAGGCACUGGAUCUAAUCAAAAUGCUCAACAAAAUGGUGGAACUGGAUCAAAUCAAAAUGGAGGAACUGGAUCAAACCAAAAUGGCCAACAAAAUGGAGGCAGUGGAUCAAAUCAAAAUGGACAACAGAACGGAAAUGAUGGAUCUAAUUCACAAAAUAAUCAGGGUUCCUGGAACCAGACCAAUAUUUCGAGCGAAAUUGGAUCUACUUGUUCAAAAGAAGGCUUUUUGGGUGAUCCAAAUGACUGCGAAAAAUUUUAUAGAUGCGUUUCCAAUGGACAAAACGGCUACAUCAGAUAUGAAUUUUCAUGCCAAAAAGGAACCGUAUGGGACACUGUACAAAUAACUUGCAACUACCCAUGGGCUGUAUCCGGAAAAUGUUAUUCAUCGGCACCUGACACUCCAUCAAACCAGAACGGAAGCGAUGGAUCAAAUCAAAAUGGCGACCAAAGCGGAGGGAGCCAACAAAAUGGAAAUAAUGGCUCGGAUCUGAAUAAUCAGCAAAAUGGGUCGAAUGAUCAGCAAAACGGAGGUAGUGGAUCCAAUCAAGGUGGUCAACAAAAUGGAGGAACUGGAUCCAAUCAAGGUGGUGCACAGAAUGGAGGCAAUGGAACUAGUCAGAAUGGUCAGCAAAACGGGGAAAACGGUUCGAAUAGUCAACAGAAUGGAAGUAAUGGAUCCAAUCAAGAUGGCCAACAAAAUGGAGGAGCUGGAUCUAAUCAAAAUGGCCAACAAAAUGGAGGAACUGGAUCUAAUCAAAAUGGCCAACAAAAUGGGGGAACUGGAUCAAAUCAAAAUGGUCAACAAAAUGGAAGUAACGCAUCGAAUGAAAAUGGCCAACAAAAUGGGGGAACUGGAUCAAAUCAAAAUGGCCAACAAAAUGGGGGAACUGGAUCAAAUCAAAAUGGUCAACAAACCGGAAAUAAUGGAUCAAAUCAAAAUGGCCAACAGGGAACCUGGAACCAGACCGAUAUUUCAAGUGAAGUUGGAUCUACUUGCACAAAAGAAGGCUUUUUAGGUGAUCCGAAUGAUUGCAUGAAAUUCUAUAGAUGUGUAUCUAACGGACAAAAUGGCUACAUCAGGUAUGAAUUUUCAUGUCAAAAAGGAACUGUAUGGGAUACUGUACAAAUAACUUGUAACUAUCCAUGGGCAGUGUCUGGAAAAUGUUAUUCUCCAGCUCCGGGAAUAGCGUCAAACGAAAAUGGCCAACAAAACGGAGACAAUGGAUCGAAUCAAAAUGGCAGCCAAAACGGAGGCACUGGAUCGAAUCAAAAUGGUCAACAAAAUGGAAGUAAUGGAUCAAAUCAAAAUGGCAACCAAAACGGGGGAACAGGAUCAAAUCAAAAUGGCCAACAAAAUGGAAAUAACGGAUCGAACCAAAAUGGACAACAAAACGGAGGCAUUGGAUCCAAUCAAAAUGGUCAACAAAACGGUGGAACUGGAUCAAAUCAAAAUGGAGGCACUGGAUCUAAUCAAAAUGGCCAACAAACCGGUAGUAACGGAUCAAAUCAAAAUGGCCAACAAACCGGUAGUAACGGAUCAAAUCAAAAUGGCCAACAAACCGGAAGUAACGGAUCAAAUCAAAAUGGCAACCAAAACGGAGGAACAGGAUCGAAUCAAAAUGGCCAACAAAAUGGAAGUAAUGGAUCCAACCAAAAUGGACAACAAAAUGGAGGAACUGGGUCCAAUCAAAAUGGCCAACAAACCGGUAGUAACGGAUCAAAUCAAAAUGGCCAACAAACCGGAAGUAAUGGGUCAAAUCAAAAUGGCAACCAAAACGGAGGAACAGGAUCGAAUCAAAAUGGCCAACAAAAUGGAAGUAAUGGAUCCAACCAAAAUGGACAACAAAAUGGAGGAACUGGGUCCAAUCAAAAUGGCCAACAAACCGGUAGUAACGGAUCAAAUCAAAAUGGCCAACAAACCGGAAGUAACGGAUCAAAUCAAAAUGGCAACCAAAACGGAGGAACAGGAUCGAAUCAAAAUGGCCAACAAAAUGGAAGUAAUGGAUCCAACCAAAAUGGACAACAAAAUGGAGGAACUGGGUCCAAUCAAAAUGGCCAACAAAAUGGAAGUAAUGGAUCGAAUCAAAAUGGACAACAAAAUGGAGGAACUGGGUCCAAUCAAAAUGGCCAACAAACCGGUAGUAACGGAUUAAAUCAAAAUGGCCAACAAACCGGAAGUAACGGAUCAAAUCAAAAUGGCAACCAAAACGGAGGAACAGGAUCGAAUCAAAAUGGCCAACAAAAUGGAAGUAAUGGAUCAAAUCAAAAUGGCCAACAAAAUGGAAGUAAUGGAUCGAAUCAAAAUGGCCAACAAAAUGGAAGUAAUGGAUCGAAUCAAAAUGGCCAACAAAACGGAGGAACUGGGUCCAAUCAAAGUGGACAACAAAAUGGAAGUAAUGGAUCGAAUCAAAAUGGCCAACAAAAUGGAAGUAAUGGAUCGAAUCAAAAUGGCCAACAAAACGGUGGAACUGGGUCCAAUCAAAGUGGACAACAAAAUGGAAGUAAUGGAUCGAAUCAAAAUGGAAAUAACGGAUCGAACCAAAAUGGACAACAAACCGGAAAUAAUGGAUCAAAUCAAAAUGGCAACCAAAACGGAGGAACUGGGUCCAAUCAAAAUGGACAACAAAAUGGAGGAACUGGGUCCAAUCAAAAUGGCCAACAAAACGGAAAUAACGGAUCGAAUCAAAAUGGCCAACAAAAUGGGGGAAUAUCGUGCCCGAUUGGUGAUUUGGACGGUAACCAAACAACUUUAAUCUGCCCUACAGGAUUCCGAAGACACCCCCGGUACUGUAACUUAUUCUACCAAUGUACUACGAGUAAAAAUGGGCACGAUUUCAAAGUACUAGUGUUAAGCUGUCCGGAUGGAUUGUUGUUCGAUGAUACGAAAAUUCAAUGUUUACCUCCAAACGAAGCUAGCACCUGCAGGAGUGAAAUCGCUUCAAGUACUCUUUAUAGACGUUUAGAAGCGAAUUCAAUUCCACCAUUCCAGGUUGCGAAUACGAACCGCCUUUGUCCAACAGAAGGUACUCACAGUCUAGAAUCCACAGCUUGUAGUCCCAAUUUCGUCAAAUGUGUAAAAUCCAAUAGACGCGAUCGUUAUUUGGAAGGUUACAUGUUCAAAUGCCCCGAAGGUUUCUCCUUUUGGACUAUAAGUCGACGCUGCGAACGCAAUUACAGACUCAUAGAUUGCGCCACCGCUCCAAGUGAUACUUUCAACCGGGAAGUACCCACAGAAUACGAUAACGUUUCUCUAAGAAGAAGAAAAAACGCCUACAACUGGUAA